ACUCCAGAUUGUGGUUGCAGUGCUACAGCAAGUGCAGGAUAUGGCAGCAUCCAACUCGAACUCUGUCUCGCUCUCGUCGUCGUCGUGCGAUGCGCCGGUUGUGCACAAGAAGGAGAACCGGUCGAACAUGCGGAUCAUUGCGUCGACGAUCAAGGAGCUCGCCGGCGACGUGGGCUCAUGGGGCAUCGGCGACCUCACACUCGGGCUGCACUACCUGAAGAAGGCGAAAAAGCGGGAGGCGGCAACGCGCGAGCUGGAUCUGUCGCGCAAGCACGAUCCGGAUGAGUGGCUGGAGGAGAUGCGCGAGUGGCUCGACAUCAUCGAGGGAACAUACAAGGGCUCGACCGAGGCCAUGUGCGAGCUGACCGGCAUUCCGGCCGAGGACGUUCUGAAGACCGACUGGAAGUCGACGACGCUCAAGCCGGGCUACUACGUGGCGCUGCUGCGGAAGAAGAAACAGGUGGUCUUUGCCAUCCGCGGGACAGCCAACAUGAAGGACGCGCUGACGGACCUGACUGCAGCGCAGAAUGAUUGGCCGCUGGCCGACGGCGAGCGGGUCCACCGUGGCAUGCACAUCUCGACCAUGUGGUUCAUGGAGAACGUGAAGCCGCUGUUGGAGGAGGCGCUGGAGGCGAACCCGGGCUACGAGCUCACGGUGGUUGGCCACUCGCUCGGCGGGGCGACUGCGGCGCUCUCGACGCUCCUGCUCCGCGAGGCCGGCCUCCCGGCCAAGGGCAUUGUCAUUGCGCCCGCAGCGUGCCUCUCGCUCGGCGCGGCGACGGCAGCGGCCGACCACGUCACCACCUUUGUGCUGGCUGACGACUGCGUGCCGCGGUUCUCGCUCUCGGCGGUGGAGGAGCUCCGGCUUGAGAUUUCCAACUACCCGUGGGGCGACGAAGCCAUGGACUCGAUCCGGCAGACCCGGCUUGUUCGUGCCUGCGCCGACAAUCCGGUGGGGCAGGCCAUCGGGUCGGGCAUGUCAUCGGCGUACCGCGGAGCGUCGCAGGGCGCCCGCGCCGUUAGCCGCGGCUUUUCCAAGAUGGGCUCCAAGAUGUCGUCAAUGUGGAAUAAGUCGACUGGCAACGACAGUUCGGACGACGGCAGUGACAACGGUGAGAAUGCCAAGCUCAAGGUCUCUGACCUCUCGGACGAGGAGAAGGAGAAGAUCGUCCCGCUCUACCCGCCGGGCAACGUGUUCAAGGUCGAGCGCGACCGCGACGGCUCGUACCAUCUUGUGGAGUCUGACAACGAGCUCUACGGCAAGCUCGAGCUUUCGGACUUUAUGUUCUCUGACCACUCGUCGACAAACUACAUCGACUCACUCGACCGCAUUCUGGGCCGUAAGCCAAUGAUCGACACCAAGUCGGACGCCGGCGGCGAUGACUCAUCGUCGGACGACUAAGCGUAGCAACUAGCUAACCAAGCUGUGUUGGGCGGAGUUAAACAAGUAGCCCAGCCACCACGCAGUAGACUCGUCAAAAAUCCUAGCUUUAAAUCAGCCAAGCACAGGUGUGGCCCGACCACUCUCUGUCCACGCCAGAGUUGAAAGACGCAUCGAAGCGAGACGGGCACACCGGGUCGGGAGCGACGAAAGGGUCGCCUCGGUGCCAGACUUAGAGCGACGGGGUGGUCGAGGCAGCAUGGCCCAUCCAGACGUCAGCCUCGAAGCCGCACUCGUUGUCGCCACGCUUGAUGAGGAAGAAGCCAUCCAUGCCCCACGAGUCACCCCACGAGUUGGCGACCUUCCAGUAGGGGACGCCGUUGAGCUCGCCAAAGCCGACGAUCUUGACAGCAUGGCCGCCGAGCUCGUUGCCGGUCUUGUGGACGUAGACGCCCGACUUGUACUGCAUAAAGUCAGCGUAGACGGUGAAGGCGGCCUGGGCAACGCCGUAGGUCAUCAGCUGCUCGGCAAUCUUGUCGGCGCGGCCAAAGAGCGAGGUAAUGUGCUUGGCACCAGUAGCGUGGUAGCGCUUGAUGGGCGAGCCAUCGGCGCACUGCGACGGGCACUGGCCGGUGGUGCCGUUGCCGGAGGUGUACGGGAGGCACUCCCAGGUGGCAACACCCGACCGCUCCAUGUAAGUCCAGGCAGCGCCGAGCAUGCCGCCGUUGCAGCCCAUGUUGGUGCGGUCGCACGAGACGAGGUCCUGGGCGGACAGCUCCAUCUGGACCUUGCCCUUGGAGAGGAAGCAGAGCUCAUCAGCGAGGACCUCGGUGGCCGAGAACGCCCAGCACGAGCCGCAGCGCUCCUGGUUCUCGAUGCCGUUCGGCGAAAGGAGAGUGCCGCACUCGGGGUGAGCCUUGGCAGCCUCGAACGAAGACGGGAGCGACGCAGCGACGCGGUCAGCCUCCUCCUGCAUAGUCUUGGCGGCAUCGGGGCCGACCAGGCCGAUCGGCUGCUCCUUGGUCACCUGGACGUUGAGGAGCGCCUUCAUCUGCUCGACGGACAUGCCCUCGAACGCCUUGUUCACACCAGCCGUCCAUGUCGACGACUCAUCAUUGUUCACCGCAGCGAUGA